AUGGCCGCCGCCGCCGCGCCGGACGUGCGGGCCGCCUGCCGGCAGGCCUGGGAGCCCGUGCUCGCCCGCGCGCCGCGGGCCGUCGUCUUCCUGGACGCGGCGGCCGCUGAGGCGCUGCACUGGGGCGGCGGCGGCGCGGGCCGGCUGCUGGCGGCGGGGGCGCUGGCCGUGCGGGCGCUGCCCGGAGCGGCGGCGGCGGCGGCGGCCCGCGCCGUGUUCGUGGUGAGCGGGGCGCUGCGCGGGCGGGCGGCCGCCGCCGUGCGCGGCGUGCUGGGCCUGGGCGCCGUGCGGCACUGCGCGCUGGUGGCCGCCGGCGAGGCGGAGGGCGGCGGGCGGGCCGAGCUGGAGGAGACGCUGCGGCGGUGGAUGGGCGAGGGCGGCCACGCCGAGGUGGUGCUGCAGGCCCCGCCGCUGCUGGCGCCCGUCUCGGCGGAGCUGUGCCUGGUGCCCGGCCUGGCGCCGCUCCUCCCGCCGCUGCCGCGCCAGCGGGACCGUCGCGGUGGCAGCCCUCGGCCCGGCGGCGGCCCCGGCGGCGGCCCCGGGGAGCUCGGCCUGGCCGCCCUGCCUGCCGAGCUGCGGGCGGCCGUGCACGCCCUCGUGGGCAGCCUCGACGCCCUCUUCGCUGCCCUGGGCCUCAGGGAGGAGAGCUUUGCCGUGGGGAGCCUCAGCAGGGCCGUGGCUGCUGAGCUGGCGAGCUACGCCCCAGCCAGGAACAGGAGGAGAGCAGCUCCCCACAGGGCCUCGGUCGUCUUCGUGGACAGGACGCUGGACCUUGCCGGAGCAGUUGGUCAUCAUGGUGACAACCUUGCAGAGAAGAUACUUUCUGUGCUUCCCAAGCUCCCGGGGCACAAGACUGAUGUGAUGGUUAACAUGGUGGAACUCACUGCACUGCAGACUCCAGAUGAAGCUUGCAGUGUUAUAGCACCUGGCUGCUUAGCACAACCAAAUGAUCCAGCUGCCAAAGCGCUCUGGGAGUCCUUUAUGAACCUCAAACAAAAGGAAGCUGUGAUGGAGGCUAGGAGACACCUUGUGGAGGCUGCAAGCAGGGAAAAUUUACCUAUUAAGAUGGGCAUGGGUAGAGUCACCCCAGAACAGCUCAGCUCAUACAUCCAGCUUUUCAAAAAUAAUUUCAAAGCUCUGGAGAACCACUGUGGUCUUCUACAGCUUGUGCUGGCUACGGUCCAGACUUUGAAACACCCGCAGAAUUCUAAAUGGGACAAUUUCUUAGCCUUUGAGAGACUACUUCUGCAGACUAUUGGAGAGUCAGAAAUGCCCAGUGUCUUGAAACAGUUAUUGCCAAUGAUCAAAUCUUAUAAUGAGAGGACACAAGAUGAUUACACCUGUGAGGACUUCCUUGUUUUGCUGGUAUACAUGUAUUCUGUGGUUGGAGAAAUGAAAGGUGGAAAAGAGCUGGAUGAAGCCGAAGAAGAAGUGAAAAAGGCUCUAGUCAAGGCUAUUUGUGAUGAGCCAGAACCUUCUCCUUUGUUGCAGAAAAUAACGGGCUGUGAUUCAUCUCUGAACCUGGCACCUCAGAAAGCCACAGAUGCAGUGGACAAUAUCUUUGAGUCCCUCAGGGAUAUUGCGGGAGCUCGAAUGCACAUGAAACAGUUUAACUCCAUCCAUAAUCCAGGCAGCAACACCCACCAGGCUUCUUACAAACCGCUGCUGAAACAGGUAGUGGAAGAGAUCUGUAAUUCUGAUCGACCUGAUCCUGUUGAUAUUGAGCAUGUGUCGUCAGGCCUCACUGAUCUCCUUAAAACUGGAUUCAGCAUGUUCAUGAAGGUGAAUCGCCCUCACCCUGGUGAUCAUCCUCUUCUGAUCAUCUAUAUGAUUGGUGGAGUGACAGUCUCUGAGGUCAAAAUGGUGAAGGACCUGGUAGCAACACGCAAACCUGGUACCCAGGUCCUUGUGCUCUCCUCAGCACUCCUGACUCCACUGAGUGCUAUCGAGUUGCUGUUUGCCACGGACCAUCUCCAGUCCGACACUGAUAUCUGACAUGGGAGGAUCUGUGGAGAAGAUAAGUGACUGCCUUGGCUGGAAACAUCAAAUUCUUGGUCUGUCACCCUUUCCAAUCCUCCUCCCCCCCACCAAAAAAAAAAGUGACCUGUCUUCUGCUGCAGUUAUGUUUCCAGCUGAAACGGGGUAAAGCAGCUGGGUACCUGGCUGCAGCUUACGGAGAGCACUUAAAAUGGUCCAGUUGUCCAGUGACCAGCUCUCCCCUUUAUAAAGACAAUGCAGCACGGUCCUGAAUCGCCCAGUAUACACUGGCCUUCCCUAGCCCCACUCAGUGCAAGCAAGAACAGCUGCUUGUAAGAAUUCCCUAGAAAAGGGGGAGGUGAGGAAAUGUCCCUUAGGACCACAGGCUGCUGAAUAUGCACUCCCUGAGCAGACCCUUUCUCUGUGAAUAAUCCCGAUGGUUGCACUGGGGUUGCUUCUGUUUGGAAAUGCUGCUAAGGGAGGAAGAGGCUAACAAAAUCCACCCUCUUUGUCACAUUACCUUGCAAAACACAUGUGCCUCAUGGAGCAUUAGCAGCCUGUGCUCUUACUUCAUCUCUCACCCCAGAGAGGCCUGGGUGCAACCCUGACCUGACCAGCAGAGCAGCUGCCAGUCCACUAGUGCUCCCAGCCCAACUGGUAGGAGCAGAGAAACAGAGCCAGAAUCAAGUGCGGAGUUACAUCGUUGCUUCUCUCUCAAAUUGCCAGUUCCUGCUCUAGUUUCUCCACCCACAGUCUCAGGAGAAAAGACUGUUUCUGAUGGCAUACUUCUCUGUAGUUUUGCGCAGUAGGACAUAUGGGCUGUGAUAAUUUGAUGUUAACCCUGGAAAAAUGCCCCUCUCACAUGCAUUUAAAACAGAAAAAAAAUGUUCCCACUUUCAAGAGGCUGUGGUGGCAGAUUCUUUCUUGAGCUAGAUUUCUGAACAGCAUGAUUAAAGAACAGCCUUUGAUUUAUGAUCAUGAAAGAACUGCUAUCAAACUCAGUUACGUAAUUUUUCUUUAUAAAACUUUGAUACAAUCUAGGAUAAAAAAGCACCAGCCAGUAGGGAUUAUGAUUGCAUAUAGCACCAAGAUUUCGAAAUUGCAGCAUAAAAUGGUGGAGCUAUAAAGCUGCAUCCUCUUGAUUCAUUCCCAGGGAUGCUAAGACUAGAGCUUAGAGUGAGAACAUGUAUGUGAAGUUUGCUCUAUCAUAGUUUUCUUUAUUAUGCCAAAGGAAUAGAUUAAAGAGGAAGUAGCUUUUUAACCUUUGUUCAGUAGCUAGCUUAAGUUCUCUUAAAUGUUUAUAAUGGUCUUCAGAAAAGGCUGCAUUUUGAUCUAAACUCACUUUCGAGUGGCUAGAAGGGAACAAUGAACUGAUUAUAAAGCAUGGACAAUGUUGCCUCUAUGGAAAAGAGAUUUGUAACAAUCACUAUAGAAUGGAACUUUGUGCUAUAAGAAAUGAGAAAUAUUAUGAAAUUGUAAUGUUAAAAGCUCAAGAAAUAUUUAACAGAGCAACUUGAAGGCAAAUAGCCAGUCCCUUUGGUUUCUUUUUUCUCUUUUGUUCUGUACUUUUUAUCUUAGAAUAUGGAUGUUUUGGAAAUUAUGUAAUCAAUAAAGCAAAGCUCCUAACUUUGAGCCUAACUUCA